AUGAGCCAUGCAUUACUGCUUCGACUUUUCCUAACGCCAUCCUUCUUCACUGUCCAUGUCGCUCUUCAAUAUCUUACUGUCUAUGCUGAUAACAUUGGCAUCACGUAUUAUAUUACUCGCAGGCUCAGUGAGCUCGAUAUAGCUGAGUUACGCGACGUUUGGGGCUUUGUCUGUCAUCUUCUACUUACCAGACCAUCCAAGUCUAGAGCACUGGAAUGCUUUGUCGUCGAAAUUGCCCAGAAAUCCACUCAUAUUGCCAUGAUCACUCUGUGGUUCAUGCAGGCUGCAUUGAAGGACUUGUCCGCAUCGCCUCAUGAUUCUCCAUCGUUUAUCAUAUGCCAGCGCGUCCUUCACAAGUGCCAUGAAAUCAUAUUUGGUGAUUUGCCUCCGCCAACAACCCCAUAUUCAACCAUCAACCUUCCGUUUCGCUCUCUAUUUCCGCGCAAGAAAAUCAGGCCCCAUGCGGAACCAGCAAUCAUCGGUAUGGGCUUGGUUCUCGCCGGCGUGCCUGCUAUGCCACGGCUGACGGAGAUCAUGGGUGAAGUGGCCAUUGAGCAGGGCCGAGCGGAGGACAAGGCGACGGUAGAGGUGAAAAGAAGCGUAGAGUCGGAUGAUGAUGAUAUGGCUGUAGCACCCAGUCGGAUCAAAAGUUCAGUUUCCAUGGAUGAGGAGCCUGAACCAGAGAGUAAUGAAGACAGUCCACCAUCUCCCGAUUCAGCAUCAUCAGAGCCCGCAAUAUUGACUCGUCGACGUGCAAUGGGCCCUGCCCAAACCGUCCCAGCCCUUCCGCUGCAUCUUCGCGGUUUACAGCGGUCUCGUCGAUCCGAGGACCCCUUGGGUCAGCUUGAUGCUGAACACAAAGAAACUGUCACUCCCUACCAAUCCUCCCCAUCCAUCUCUUCUGCUCGCCCUCCCCUUAGAACCGCUUCGCAUAGUUAUGCAGACACUUUAUUGCAAACCUACGACACCUCAUCUCAAACACAUCUAUUGAAAGGUCAUUACUGUCGCUCUGAGGUUCAAUUCAUUCUCUCCCUUGAAAACAUAUCCGAACGGUUACUGGUCGUACCGAGGCCUGCUCGAGUCAGCGCCCUCAGAGCGGAGUUGACUUCUCUCAAUCACAAACUACCAGCGGAGGUGGUAUGUAUGCCGCUGUGGUGUACAUCAUCCGACUCACCCCCUGGUUCUCAAUUAUCUCAUCCUCAUCAUCGUAUCGUACGGAUCCCACCGGGCGAAAGCGUCGUCCUCAAUUCCGCUGAACGAGCACCGUAUCUCCUCUACAUCGAAAUCCUCAACGAUGACCUCGACUUUGACCCGCAGAAACGGAUAAACAAGGACGUUUUGAAAAAAAUUGUUCUACGCGAAGAUCAGCGAGCACCCGGGCCCAGGGACCUCAACCCAUUUACUCCCCUCCUACCAUUUCAACAGCACAAAGCCAAAUCUGAAUCAUUCCAAGAGUCCGAUGUUUACGACGGAUCUUCCGUUCUCCUCGGGAAUUCAUUAGCUGCUACUCCUCCUACGCCUACAACUCCUAAUGAUGAUGAAGAGAUGGAUCUGGUCGAGCAAUUAUAUGGUCCUGGCCAAUCUCUUUUAUCUCAAAAAAUAGAUCUUUCAGAAUCAAUUGUCCUCCCACCUCCCCCGAAAAAUAAAGACCUCGACAGAGUAGCUUGGUCCCGACCCUCGUCUGUGCAUGCCUCUCCGAGUCUAGACAAUAUCGACAGGCAUACACCGAGAAUACCACCUCCCUUGAACCUCCACUUAGACAACACCAUCUCACAGCCUUCACCACUCCCUGUUGAGACUCCCUAUUCAAUCUCCCUCGACGAAUAUUCUGAAAGAAUGCGGACAGCCGCAAUCAUGCUCGCACAGUUGAACGCUAACCUCGUCAGAGAACCCACGAACGGCUCCGCUGUUCCAGACGGCGCGCAUUCUAGUGGUCCAUUAAGCUGGAUUCCCGGCUCCAGCUGGCUCUCCAACUCCAACGAGCCACCAAAAACCGCGCCACAUCUCACAGGAAGAGGAACAGGUUCUCAGGACUUCGGAAAACCACAACCAAGUCGGAUGCGACUGCAAGCCUCUGAAGCCUCAGCUAUUCGAGAUCGAAUCAUGCAGGAGAUGCUGGCGUUAGAGGAGGAGAGGAUGGCGCAUAUGCGGGAGCACAGGGAGACGGAGAGUAUAAUUCGGGUUGGGGACAUUAGUGGGGGUAUGAAGACCGCUGAAGAUGAAGGGAUAAUUAGAAGGGAACUUAGCAAAGUUGAUCCUUCUGCAAUGGUGUUCAGCGAGUCUUGGACGGCGAAAAAGAGUCGAAUUCGGCAUGUAUCGCCCUAUGGUCAUCUUGCAAACUGGGAUUGCGUCUCAGUGAUCGUCAAAAUCGGGGGAGAUCUUCGACAAGAACAACUCGCAGUUCAAUUGAUUCACGAAUUCCAACGAAUAUGGGAAGAAGAGAACUGUCAGUGCUGGGUCCGAUAUUUCCGAAUACUGAUAACUGGUGGCUCGUCUGGUUUGGUAGAAACAAUCACAGAUGCGGUGUCGAUUCACUCUAUCAAAAAGGCAGAAUACGCUCGGCGAAUUGCUGAAGGUCGGUUUGGACAUGUAACGCUGUUUGAUCACUUCAAAUCGACAUACGGCGAUCCCUCAUCAGCAAAGUUCGCUAGAGCUCAACGAAACUUCGCGAAAUCAUUGGCAGGAUAUUCAGUUGUGACAUAUCUACUGCAAAUUAAGGAUCGCCACAACGGGAAUAUCCUGCUAGAUAGAGAUGGGCAUCUCAUACACAUAGAUUUUGGGUUCAUGCUGUCCAAUACGCCAGGUAAUAUCAGGUUUGAAGCCGCACCGUUCAAGUUACCAGCAGAGUACAUCGAAGUGUUGGGCGGUGUUGAUGGUGCACCGUUCCUUGAGUUCCGCAGAUUGUUCAAAGAAGGAUUUGAAGCCGCUAGGAAACACUGCGAUCGAAUCAUUACAAUGGUGGAGUUGAUGCAGAAAGAAUCCACUCUUCCUUGUUUCGCAGCAUUCGGGGACCAAACUGCCGCUCAACUUCGAGACCGUUUCCAACCAGCAUUGACGCAUUCAUUGGUGGGGGAGUUGGUUGAACGAUUGAUUGACACAUCCUUGGGAUCUCACUGGACCAGGCUGUACGAUUCGUACCAAUAUUACUCUCAGUCCAUAUUAUGA